AUGAGCGACAAAGAUCUUGCGAGCUCCUUGAUGGAGCUCAAUAUAAAAGUAGGGACGACAGACAUACCUCAGACCAUUGCUGAAGAACAGAAUCAGGCAACAGAUAGUAAGGAAGAGGUGCUUGAUGACGAAACCACGAUCAAGAAUGACCCGCAAAAGACAAAAAUUACCCUCAACCAGAGUAUGAUGCUCUCUAAACUGCCAGCGAAAACCACUUCUGCUGUGCUCUCGGUGUCCAAACCGACCGAAUCCAAAAUACAAAUCCGCUUCAAAUCAAUAGGGUCUGUGGACCAAGUCAGCCCUGCCGUUUUCAAGAUCAGCAAAAGCUCCAAAUUCUCUUCCAUCUUGCGAUUUCUUGAACUCAAACUAGGCAAAAAAGUGUACUGCUACCUCAAUAACUCGGUCAGUCCCAAUCCCGACGAGGAACUCGAAAAUCUGUAUAAUAUUUUCCGCGUGGGUGACGAGCUCAUCGUCAGUUACUGCAACAUCGUCGCAUUCGGUUAA